AUGGUGUAUGGUGUUGGGACAGUCAUGAGCAGCGAAGACGAGUUGGCUCGACAACUUGCUGAUGGGCAGUGGACGGACGGGCACGAAAUUACACGAGCAGCAGUCAAUGGCGUAUGCAAAAUGUAUCAUAAUAAACGUACACGUGAAUAUUUCGAAGGAAUUGAACCAAAAGGAAGCAUGGAAGUGCGGCAACCAGGACUAAUUAGCGAAUUAUCAAAGAGCAACGUCUCGGCUGGCGAAACAGCAAGUGCGCAAGCUGCUGGUGAUUUAGUGCAAAUAGCACAGCAGGAUUAUAAUGUAGUCAAUGAGUUAUUCAGCAGUAACUUAUAUGGAGCAGUUCGAAUGCGCUUGGCAGAGCACAGGUAUCAACGCCGCAUGAAAAAGCAGGCAGAUCCGGAAAUGGCAGCACAUGCGAUCCUGCUGAACGUGAUUGAUAUUUUUGGAGGGACAGGAGAGGGGUUUGACAUUAGCCCGUUUCUUGAUCCGCACGGUUUGGAUCAAAAUAUGCCGGAGGAUUAUGGGGCGGAUGACAGUAGCACCGAAGAGGAUCAAAUAAACCAAUUAAACCCAACUGCUGAAUCAGGUCACGAUGAGGCAGUUGACAGCGAUGAAAGCGACCUAGAUGGACAGCAGUAG